AUAACAAAUUUGUCAUGUUUUUGGACAUCACUACUUGCCGUAGUUUUGAAGCAAUGCAUGAUGGGAAUAUGGAUGUUGUGUUGUCAUUGCAUUAAAACGUGCCGGCUCGAAUAAACACACACUGCCUGCCUACUUCAUGGUUUAUUGAUUGAUUGAUUGAUAUAUGUAUAAUCACACAACAGUAUCGAUUUCAUACCGAUGCCACUUCAAUACGGAUAAUAAACGUGCCGAUGUUGGGAUCGGAGUAGCAAAAUGACUUGACAACGUUCGUGCCCAACAGAGCAGUCGGCAGCCUUCGGGAGUGAGGCUUUCGUCCUUUUCCGUCAGAGCUUCGGCUCUUUCCGUCCGCCUCCUCGGGAGUUCUCACGCCCCCCCCCCCCCCGCCCCACCUCCCCGUGCUGGAAAAUGGCUGUGCGGGGCAGCAGGGAGUUAUGACCGGGGAAAGGAAGCAAGGAGACGCUGCAGAGAAACAAGAAGGACUUUCCUCUACAAGUUCCGCGCACAACUGGGGGAAAAAAGUACUUUUGGGACGCGCCACAGUCUGACAUUUUGGACUUCUUUCAGCCGACGCAGCUAAAAAGUGAGAAGACUGAAGAAAUAUCCACGGGUUGGCCGUAAUCCCCGUCCAGAACAUGCGGGAGCGUCACAGAACCGAAGAGGAUUAAAGACCGUCCCAGUCUGCCACCGGCACUCCUGAUUUAGACCACUUGAUCGGAGCGCAGCAGGCCGCUCCGAUAGCAUCCGGCCUCGCAAGAGCAUGUUGCCUACGCUCUCCCUCUGCUCCAUCGUCUGGCUCAACCGGGGUAUCAAGCUGAGGAAAGUGCACCACUUCACCAACACCGGGCAGGUCUGAGAGAAGAGUCGGAAGGUCAGACUUGAGAAAAUGCUUCUCAGCUUCAGGUGACUCUGGCGUCCCUCGACAUCAUCUUCAGUGACUCAUAAACCUUUCCGGUUUUCCCGGCCCCGCGCCGUAUAAUCCUACGCAAAAUGGCAACGGAGGGUUUCCAGUACCGGGCGCUGUACGCGUUCACUAAAGACCAGGAGGAGGACUUGGACCUGCAGCCGGGGGACCUGCUGGUGGUGAGCAAGGCGUCCCUCCUGUCCAUGGAGAACUACCGCCCGGGCCGCGCCGAGGAGCCGGAAUGCCUCGGCUGGCUCCUGGGGUACAACGAGCGCUCCAAGCAGAGAGGCGAUUUCCCCGGGACGUACGUUCAGUACGUGGGCCCCGUCAAGAUGGCGCUCCCGUCCACUCAACCCCGGUCUCAGCGACCGCUGCCUGCCGCGCCGAGACCGGACACAUGUCAAGCUGCUUCAGUGCCGGACCUGAGUGAGCAGUUCACACCACCAGAGACGGCUCCCGCGGCCCUCGUCAGCCUGGUCCAAGCCAUAGAGCAGAGAGGUCUGGACUCGACAACUCUGUACAGGAUGACUGCUAGUUCCUCCAUUUCAGACAGCCCAGUGCACAGCCUCAGUCCUGAGAGUGAUAUCAGUCAGACCGAUGUGUCCAUCCUGUCAGAGGGGGUCUUGCACUACCUGAGAGACCUCCCUUCGCCGGUCAUCCCUGCCUGCACCUACGCUCCGUUACAAGCUGCCGUCGCACAGCAGCAGCAGGCCCUGCAGCAGUCGACAGAUGGUGCCGUCGCCUGCAGCCACGACAGAGAAGUAAGUCACGUCCUGGAGAGCUCGGCCGCCGUCCCUCUCCAUCACCGCCUCACCCUGCAGUACCUGCUGGCACACCUGGCCAAGGUCACUCAGGCACAGGCCUGCAACGGCUUGGACACGCACACGCUGGGAAAGAUCUUUGGACCGCUGUUGAUGAGGACAGGUCUGUCUACUCCCAGGUAUGCCAGACUGCAGUUGUCUCUAGAUGAGGAGUUACCUGCUCUGGUGGUGGAAAGGCUUCUGAUUGAGAGAACUGCAGAACAAGACCUCACUCCCCCAGUUCUUCCAGCAAAGCCAGCGAAAUCAAAAAUGGCACCAUCAGCUUUGACGGACAUAAGCACCUUUCUCAGCGAUGCUGAAUGGUACUGGGGAGAAAUUUCCAGAGAGGAGGUAAAUGAGAAAUUGAGAGACACUCCUGAUGGUACCUUUCUGGUUCGAGACGCCUCAAGCAAGCUGGAGGGCGAGUACACGCUCACCCUCAGGAGAGGUGGGAACAACAAACUGAUAAAGAUCUACCACAGAGACGGCCGUUACGGCUUCUCGGAGCCUCUCACCUUCCUGUCUGUGGUCGAGCUCAUCAACCAUUACCGCCAUGAGUCCUUGGCCCAGUACAACCCUAAGCUGGACACCAGACUCCUGUACCCUGUGUCCAAAUACCAACAGCUGGUGAAGGAGAACAGCAUCGAGGAGGUUGGUGAGCAGCUGAAGGUCUAUCAUGAGCAGUACCAGGAGAAGAGUCGCGAGUAUGACGCCCUGUAUGAGGAGUACACACGGACCUCACAGGAGCUGCAGAUGAAGCGCACAGCCAUUGAGGCCUUCAACGAGACCAUCAAAAUAUUUGAAGAGCAAUGUGAGACUCAGGAGCGCUACAGCAAAGAGUCUUUGGAGCGGUUCCAGCGCGAGGGCAACGAAAAGGAGAUUCAAAAGAUCCACAGCAACUCUGAGCGUUUGAAGUCUCGCGUGAAGGAGAUCCACGACAGCAAGCGGAAGCUGGAGCAGGACUUGCGGCAGCAGGUCUCCGACAACAGGGAAAUCGAUAAAAAGAUGAACAGCCUCAAGCCGGAUCUUAUGCAGCUCCGCAAGAUCAGAGACCAAUACUUAAUAUGGCUGACACAGAAGGGGACAAGGCAGAAGAAGAUUAACGAAUGGCUCGGCAUAAAGAACGAUGCUGACGACUCAUACUCGCUGGAGGAUGACGAGGGCUCGCCCCAUCAUGAUGAGUGCACCUGGUACGUGGGUGACAUCAAGCGCACCCAGGCUGAGGAAAUGCUGAGGGGCAAAUGUGACGGAACCUUCCUCAUCCGUGAGAGCCAAUCACAGAAGGGCUCGUACGCCUGCUCCGUUGUCGUGGACGGCGAGGCCAAACACUGCGUCAUCAACAAGACGUCCACGGGCUACGGCUUCGCCGAGCCGUACAACCUCUACUCCUCCCUGAAAGACCUGGUGCUCCACUACAAAAACGUCUCCCUGAUCCAGCACAACGACCAGCUGAAUGUAAACCUGGCGUACCCGGUCCUGGCCCGCUCUCAGAAUCAAAACCAGCACCCCAGAUGAACGAACCCCCAGGCGGGCGGAGGGAGGGGGGACAUCUUUCACUUUUAACGCUGAAGAAAGGGGGUCGUUCCUGGUUUUUAAAACGGCGAGUCCAAUCGGCUUAACGAGCAUGACUCUCUAGCUAGAGGCGGGGGGGGUAGGGGGUUGUAUUUUUUCUUUUCUUCCACGGAACCCCGGAGCACUUCUUGCUAGCAGCAUGGCUUUCACAGUAAGCACAGCAACUUGUAACUCUGCACUGUACAGCAAGCAUGACGUGACUGUACCCGCCCAGUGUGACACAUUUACAAGCACACAUCUGGAUUCAGAGGAUGUGUUACAGGAUAAGCACACAUCACUCAUCUUUUUAAAGACAGGGGGGGUCAGUUUGAGGACAGGAAAAUCUAAAGGAGGCACUUUUUUUUCUUUUUUUUUUUGUUGCUUUUCGCCUUAAACUCCUAACUGUUUGUAGACAAAGGCCCGAACUGUUAUCCCCAGACUGCCUGCCGACGCUCCGUAGACAAAAGCCUGAGCUGGAAAAGGGACCGGCUGGGCUCGCUUCACACCUCGAGAGGGCCGAGAAGAGGGUGCUGUCGUCACGAGGAAAGGCCCAGGUACAUUUUGUGGCGUGGAUAUUUUUUCGGGGGAGGAACGACGAACUGACGCUCACGUCAUAGCUUUGAAUGACCACCAGCCUGUGUCACUAGUAGAGAGUGGUGCCAGCUUUAAAAUAUACUCUUUUUUUUGGGGGGGGGGGGGGGGGGGUUUAAAAAUUCUUUAUUUUCAAGCGCUUCGGCUCCUUGCUCUCUCUCAGCAAGCCUGCGUUUGAACCGAGGUACACAAGAACGCAUGGUACGUGUACGGUGCAGCAGGGAAAGUAUUUUCCCACAUUUUGUUACGCCUUAUUCCAAAAUGGAAUCCAUUCAUUUUUUUCCUCCUCAAAAUUCGACACACAAUAACCCUGACUCUGUGAAAAGUUGUUCUUCACACUCGGCGAAACUAAAAAACACAUGGUAAAUAAUUAGGGAUGAUCAAUGCUUUAAAAUGUAAUAUCGGAAAUGAUCAGUAUCGGUUUCAAAAAGUAAAAUGUAUGACUUUUUAAAACGCCGCUGUGUACACGGACGUAGGGAGAAGUACAGAGCGCCAAUAAACCUUAAAGGCACUGCCUUUGCGUGCCGGCCCAAUCACAUAAUAUCUACGGCUUUUCACACACACAACUGAAUGCAUAGUAGAGAUGCGCGGUUUGCGGACACAACCGCGGAGUCCGCGGAUUAUCCGCGGGUCGGGCGGUUGAAAUAAAAAAAAAAAUUAGAUUUUAUCCGCGGGUCGGGUCGGGCGGUUGAAAUAAAAAAAAUUAGAUUUUAAAUAGAUUCAGGCGGGUGGCAGUUAAACCAAUUCGGAAAUAUAUAUACAUAGUUAAAUGUUGUUACCCACAUACGAAAAACGAGCAGGCACCUGCAGCAUAUGCCACAACAGAAGAAGAAAAAAAAAAAAAAGAUGGCAACGCCGGCAGCAAACGUGGUACGCGACAAACUAAAAAAGGGAAUACUAAAGACCAGGGGAAAAAAAGGCCAGAAAAGUUCAGCGUGGACUCGUUUUUAUGAGGUUGUAAAUCAGGAUGAUAGUAAUGCUGGCUACGUGAUUUGCAAGAGCUGCGACGCUGUUUAUGUCUACGACAGUCACAAAACCGGGACAUCUAGCAUGGUGCAUCACAUUUGUGCAAAACCCCGAAACUCCACAAACACCCUGAGCAUGAGCAGUUUCGUCCGCCGUGAUCCCAGAAGAGUGCCACAGGAUGUUAAAACAAGAUAGAACGCAGCUGCCUGCAGCAGUUUGAGUGGCGCGAGCGCGCUUGGAGGUGCGCUCAGCGCGGCUCCCAGAUGAUUGCGCACUGGUGUGCGUCUGGGCCGUGACAGCGUGGCACGCAUUGAAUGUCUCUGCUGCAUUGGAUCAGUCUCCUUUCUUUAACAGGCAAAAGCUUUAUAACCUCACUAAUGCCUUGCAUCGUCUAUAUUAGAUAUAUAACAACGGGCGGGUGGCGGAUGGCGGGCGGGUGCGGUUUUGAUUAAAUGUUAGUUCGGGUGGACGGCGGAUGGUUGACGACUUUUGUGAUGCGGUUGCGGAUGAAAUAAUUGCCUAUCCGCGCAUCUCUAAUGCAUAGCAUACUUGGUCAACAGCCAUACAGGUCACACUGAGGGUGGCCGUAUAAACAACUUUAACACUGUUACAAAUAUGCGCCACACUGUGAACCCACACCAAACAAGAAUGACAAACAUUUCCGCACCGUAACACAACAGAACAAAUACCCAGAACCCUUUGCAGCACUAACUCUUCUGGGACGCUACAAUAGACACCCCCACCUCAACCCCACCCACCUCAACCUCCCCAUGCUCUCUCAGGGAGCGCAUGUCCCAAAUUCCAAGCUGCUGUUUUGAGGCAUGUUAAAAAAAAAUAAUGCACUUUGUGACUUCAAUAAUAAAUAUGGCAGUGCCAUGUUGGCAUUUUUUUUUUCCAUAACUUGAGUUGAUUUAUUUAGGAAAACCUUUAAUGCAUCCAGCUUCAAAUCCAGCCAAAGGUACAUCAACAAAGUGUUGAGCAAAGGCCGUGAAUACUUAUAUAUACACACGUUUUUUUGUUGUUGUUUUUUUAGUAUUUUUGUCUUUGAUACAUUUUCAAAAUUAAAAAAAAUACCUUCAUAUUGUCAUUAUAGGGUAUUGUGUGUAGAAUUUUGAGGACAAAAAAAUGAAUGUAUUCCAUUUUGGAACAAGCCUGUAAAAUAUCAAAAUGUGGGAAAAGUGAAGAGCUGUGAAUACUUUCCGGAUGCUCCGUAUUUGGUAUGUUGUGAGCUAGUUUUCAAUCAUAAUAUAGAUGGACGUUGAUUAUUGAUUAUUGCGGUUCCUCUAUUCAGGUUGACUGAAGUUGUCGAAAGAUUCCUGCAUCCAGCUUUGUUUCUAGACCCUCUUUAAGACCGUAGCACCUGUAGCCAUGGACGUAACUGUUAGUGCUUCUGUUUGUGUCCGCCGCUUGCAGAGCAUCAACCCACGUGAUCGUUGUAUCCACGGUACUGUCUCUCCUUUCCCCGAGGUACUCGCUUUGUCCGGUAGUAUUUACUCGCAGUACUUCUUCCCCUCCUUGCGCUUGACUGUUGUCGUUUUUUUAUCACAAGCUUGACUCACAGAGCUGUAGAACAUUUAAUGUACAGAGAAAAGAGAACAGUAUAUUUCAGCCAUACGUGCAGUCGGUGUGUGUGUGUUUGUGUGCGUGUGUAUGUGUGUGUUCUUGUAUUUCUACCCUUCUUGAGACAUCAACAAGGAAAAGUAGCUUCCAUAUGAGGAGGUGUGAACAAGUUAGGACAUAAAUCAUGGUCCCAAUACGGAAAACCGUCGCAUCUAAUAGAGAAUGUCUCAUCAAAAAAGGAGGGAUUUUUAUAAUCGGUUUUAAAAAGUGCUCCCCGUCUGGUCAACAUAUGAAAUAACAAGUGUGUGCCAAAAUGUGAAGUGCUCCCCCUCUGGCCAACAUAUGUAAUAACAAGUGGGUGUAAGAAAUUGAAAUGCGCCCCCUUUGGCCAAAUUUUUUUUGUUAUUUUCUGUUAGUUUUGGACUCCCUCAGUUCCUGUUUUUGUGCACCCUUGAGUUUGUUUUUUAGUUACCAUGGGUGCUUAUUGUUUCCACCUGUCUCCGAUUGGUGUUCGGGACGCUCACCUGUUUCCCGAGCACUAAUCAGAGGGACUCUUCAAUCCUGCCUUUGCCGGUGUCAGGUUCAAACACUGAUGACAUCUAUUAAUCAGACAAGAAGCAAGGAAUCAUGCAGAGACAGAGUUCAAUUUAGCUCAAGUGUUUUGGGCUGUAUUCUAGUUACAGAUCCAAACUACGUUCUAAAAGUCCGGCCCGCGUGCUUCCUCUGUUUAUUUGGAAGGUCCCUGUUACAUCACUGAAGCUGUCGCCGAGGGAAGGGGGUAAUCUCGACAACUCUAGUUAGACACAAUAUAUGAUUAUACAAAAAUGCAAAUGUAUUGACGCUGGUGAUAUCGCCUUGUCUCUGCUCCGGCGGUGUUCGGCCUUGGCAGUCAGCAGGCCGGGUCUGGACACAACACUGAUAGAGACGGCUGGCAAUCUUUUAGAUACAAAAAUCUAACUUGAGCACAAUAGCUAAUAACUAUAGCAACGGACUUUAAAGGGGAACAUUAUCACCAGACCUAUGUAAGCGUCAAUAUAUACCUUGAUGUUGCAGAACAAAGACCAUAUAUUUUUUUAACCGAUUUGCGAACUCUAAAUGGGUGAAUUUUGGCGAAUUAAACGCCUUUCUAAUAUUCGCUCUCGGAGCGAUGACGUCACAUCGGGAAGCAAUCCGCCAUUUUCUCAAACACCGAGUCAAAUCAGCUCUGUUAUUUUCCGUUUUUUCGACUGUUUUCCGUACCUUGGAGACAUCAUGCCUCGUCGGUGUGUUGUCGGAGGGUGUAACAACACGAACAGGGACGGAUUCAAGUUGCACCAGUGGCCCAAAGAUGCGAAAGUGGCAAGAAAUUGGACAUUUGUUCCGCACACUUUACCGACGA